AAAGUUGAAGUAGAGGAUAGAGAUCGAAGGUUGAAACAAUCUACCCAAGAGAGAGUUGCGUUACAAUUCACGUUUCUUUCUUUCUUCCUCUCCAAAAACCUGUAUUUAAGGGUGUUUUGUUGUGCUACCAUACCUCUUUUCUUAACACCUUUGCCAUUUCCUAAAUCACCAAAAAAAAAAUAUCAAAGAGCGUUUUUGCAACCUUGUUUAGCGAAAUGGAGAUGGAUAAUUAUUCAACGAUUACUAUAGAAGAUGAGAACAUGGAACUACCACCUGGCUUUCGCUUUCACCCUACCGACGAAGAGCUGAUCACCCAUUAUUUAUCAGAGAAAGUCCUUGACAGCAACUUCAGCACAAUCGCGAUCGGAGAAGCAGAUUUGAACAAGAUUGAACCAUGGGAUUUACCAAGUCAAGCAAAAAUGGGGGAGAAAGAAUGGUACUUCUUUGUUGUUCGUGAUCGAAAAUACCCAACUGGACUAAGAACAAACCGAGCAACCGAGGCCGGUUAUUGGAAGGCCACCGGAAAAGAUAAGGAGAUCUUUAAGGCCAAAGUUCUUGUUGGUAUGAAGAAAACCCUGGUUUUCUACACUGGAAGAGCUCCUAAGGGUGAAAAAACCAAUUGGGUCAUGCAUGAAUAUCGAUUAGAAGGAAAAUUGUCCAAGUACAAUCUCCCUAAAAAUGCUAAGAAUGACUGGGUGAUCUCCCGCGUAUUCAAGAAGAGUUUGGGUGCAAAGAAGCCGGAUUACUUGGAGGUGGUGAGCCUAGAGGAGUUACAGCCAAAUUUCCUGCCACCUUUAAUGGACUCAUCACCUUACAACAAUGGUGAGACGACAAAGGCCGUGGAUGCCAACCCGUCUCACGUGACCUGCUUCUCCUACCCAUCUAUGGUUGAGAAUCAACAAUUCAUCAAAACAACAAAGCAAGAGGAAACUACUACUAAUAACAACAACAUGUUUGGCAUUGGCAACAACAUCCCUUGCUCCCCUCUAUUUCGAACCUACUCUAGAACCUCGCUUUCUAACAUGUUAUUAGAGCCAGAAAUGCCCGACUUUCAAUUUGUUGAUUCAUUGUUUACACAAGAUCAACCCAUGAUGAAGCUUCUACUCGAAGGCAAAGAAUCCAACCCUACUAAAGAAGAAUUAUCUGGCAUUGAUAUGUCUUCAUCUGGUAUUUCAAAUCAUGAUAUUGUUAAUAAUAAUCAAAUUGGUCCAUUUGACCAUGAUUGUUUAUGGGAUUAUUGAACAAUUAGAGAUGAUUUGGCAUAAAUUAUUGGGAAGGGGAAAAAAAACUAAGUAUUUAAAUUAAAAACUAGUCUUAUGUAUAGUUUAAUAGAAAGGGGUAAAAUUUAGGUCCAUUGUAAGUGUAUUUUCUAUAUGUUAUAGGAAAAAAACUUGCUCAUCUUUUAAUCUUCAGUUAAUUUAUUUGAGAUCA